AAGAAAAGAAAAAACAGCAAGAAACACAAGGAAAAUCCUCGCUUCUUCUCUUCCACGGGGUUUUUCUCCUCCAAUCCUUUCCCCUCUCCCUCUCCUCCUCCUCCUCCUCCCUGCGCCUUCCACUUGCAGCGAUUCCUCCUCCCCGCCCGCUCUUCUCGAACCUUCUGGAACCUUCCCCCAUCCCCCACAAGAAGCAGCAGAUGGGCAUCGUCGUCGUCGUCGUCAACCAAUCCUAGGCGACGAGCGCUGCGGCGGCGCGCGCCAUCUGCUCCCCUCCGCCGUGCUCCGGUGCUCCCCGAUCUGCGCCUCCCGCUCCGGUUGGUCGGCUGUCGGAACACGCAGCUGCAAAACCCUAGCCGAGCUGCGGCGAUCUCAACGCUGGCGGCGAGGCCCUCCUCUUCGUCGGCGUCGACGGAAAAAUAUGGCGCAUGUUUUAUUUACUUCCCCUUGCUGUCACUGAACACAUUUCCUAAAGUCAAGGACAAGACAUGGUGUUGCAGAAGAGGUUGGACUAUGGAUCCCAUGGCCAUCGUGCUCCCAUUAAGCCACGUGUCGCAACAUUGGCGCCGGUUAAACGCUCCACAAGAAUAAGGAAAAAGCAGAUGUAUGCACUUGAUUUGCUUGCGACAGCUGCAGAAAAAUUGUUGGCUGAUCAAGACAAUUUAUCUAGUGGACCUAACAUAAAUGAAACACCAGAAGGUUAUGUUACAAGCAUGAAACCAGUUAAAGCAGAACAGUUUGAUGAAGCGUUUCCGUUGAGAAGCGUGGCUGUGAAAAAAGAUGACUGCAAAGGUUGUACAGUAGGCUGUGCAGGCAUCUGUGGCUUUCUCAGACAAGCUAAUAUGUGCUUGGCUGAAAACUCGUCGACUCAAAAUCUAGCUGAUUCAGUACUAGAGUCACUAACAGCAAAGCCUGAUGUGUUGGCUAAGGACUCAUUUGUUAGCAGUAAAAAAUCAUGUCGAUUGGGUUUUGGUCUUGGCACAAUUCCGGAGUAUGGAUCUGUUGGAGUAUGCCAACCUUGGUCCACAAGAUCAGCAGAGGUUAAACAAGUGCAUCGGGCGAGACCAACAGCAAUCAGAAGUCAAGAAGAUAGUGAUGCUGCAGCUCUAUGUGCUUUGGUCGAGACCAUGGAUUUGGACACCAAACCUCUUGCUGAGGCUAGCUCUGGUAGUAACUCAGGAGUGCACAUCUGCGGCCCUGACAGGGGGCAUAACUCCCAUCCCUCGUGUUUGGCUAAAGUGCAGCAUGCUGCAGACAGAGAUGAUGACGAAAAUUCUUCUGGGUGUGUACAUCCAAGCACCUCAGGAAAUAACCGUGGUUAUAUUCCACAUUAUAUAGGUGACCGCAGGAUAAGGAGAUUGUUUGCCUCCAGGUUAAGGAAGGCAGCUCGCAACAGGAUAUGUGGAGAGAUGUCUUGUAAAGGUAACAAGCUGAGUUUGUGUGAAAAGAAGAUGCCCACUACGCGCCGAAGAGUGCAACAAACAACUUUGAAGAGGAAAAGACUUGCUCAACUUUACUCCGAAAAAUCAUCUGAUGAAGUCAAGUUAACCAUCAAAUCUUUCAACAUCCCUGAACUACUAAUUGAGAUCCCUGAAAAUGCAACAGUUGGUUCAUUGAAGAAAACUGUGUCAGAUGCUGUUACUACUAUAAUUGAACGCGGUCUCCGUGUCGGUAUACUUCUUCAAGGAAAAAAUAUUCAAAAUGACAACAAGACGCUUCGUCAGGCUGGGAUUUGCCGUGGUAAAAAACUAAAUGACAUAGGCUUUACUCUGGAAUGUGAAGCUGGGCAAGAUUCUCACCCUGGUGUAAUAGUGCCAGAAGAAAUGGAUUUUGUUGGUGCAUCUGUUGUGGACAAGUCUGCUACGGUGAAAUGCGAAGAACCUGCUGAGAACCAGCAGCUUAUGCAAGAUUUUCCAGGCUGCAGCUUGAGUGAUCCUGGUUCUGUUGAUUAUCCCGUGGAAUGGAGCACACAAGAAACAUCAGCAAGCUCCCAAGCCAUCGUCCCUUUUGCAGAUCCAAACUCACUGGCGCUGGCCAAUGUGCCGCUUUCUAGGUCAAAGCGACCAGAUUUUGGGCAAAGACGGAUAAGGAGGCCUUUCACUGUUGCUGAAGUGGAGUUGCUGGUGGAAGCCGUCGAGCACCUUGGAACAGGAAGGUGGAGGGACGUCAAAUUCCGCGCAUUUGAAAAUGUUCAUCAUAGGACCUAUGUUGAUCUGAAGGACAAGUGGAAGACCCUGGUGCACACGGCGAGCAUAGCGCCGCAGCAAAGAAGGGGAGCUCCAGUUCCACAGGAACUCCUGGACCGUGUGCUCGCCGCACAGGCCUACUGGUCGGAGCAGCAGGCAAAGCUCCAUGGCGAUCCCCCUGUUCCUGAAAUCUGCCCUACCUGAUCCUGAUGAUGAUUGAUGGAGAAGGCAAGAAUGGCCCUCGUGUACAAAUCGGUGUAAAAAUUGUUCAGAAGGGAUUGGUUGGUUGACGUUUGAUUGAAAUUUGUCGACAGUUGAAAACUCACAACUUGGUCCUUCCUACUGUUGGUUCGUUAACAGGAGGAGGAAGAAGAAGAAGAAGAAGAAGAAGAAGCUUAUUUGUAAAUUUCAGCAGAGUUUACUGUCUUUGCAAAAAUGCAAGUCGUUUUGGACAAGUUGA